AUGUCCACUAAUUACGAGACGUGUUGUGGUCACUGCAAACAGUUCGCAACAACAGGACAUCGACACAAACUGGCCGUUCAUUUGAAUGAAACGAAAUGUAUAUGUAAUGAAGAAAACUGUGGCAAACAUUUCAAAAGCAAAGUCAAUCUCAAUCAACACGAACUCAAACACACGAGAGACCCGCCAUUUGUUUGCGAUUUCGGUGAUUGUAAGCGAAUGCCUGGCCUUCUGUGCGCACUUAACAUCAUUAGUCCCAACCACUUGACACCUGCUUACUUCACACCGGCAGUCAGUUUCUAA